AUGGAUGACGUCGAGAGAUCAAUCUCCCGUUUGUGGAGAACAUUCAGAACGGUGAAGGAGAUGGUCAGAGACAAGGGUUACUUCAUCACCGACGCGGAGAUCAACAUGACGUUGGAUGAGUUCAAAAGCAAAAUCUGUCCCAUGGGCGAGCCACAGAGAAAAUUAAUGUGUUUCCAGGCUCAGCCAACGCCCGAGGCUUUGGAGAGAUUUCCAGAGAUGGGCUCCUUGUGGGUUGAGUUCUGCGACGAGGCGUCUGUUGGUAUCAAGACCAUGAGAAACUUCUGUAUUCACAUCACUGAGAAGAACUUCAGCACGGGUAUUUUCAUCUACCAGAACUCGAUAACGCCCAGUGCCAACAAGUUGAUUCCCACCGUAGCACCCGCCACGAUCGAGGUAUUUCAAGAAAGCGACUUGAUUGUCAACAUCACUCACCACGAGUUGGUGCCCAAACACAUUCGUUUGUCAAAGCUCGAGAAGAAGGAGUUGUUGGAGAGAUACAGGUUGAAGGAGUCGCAGUUGCCUCGUAUACAAAGAGAAGACCCUGUUGCCCGUUAUUUGGGAUUGAAGAGAGGAGACGUUGUCAAGAUCAUCAGACGGUCCGAGACAUCGGGCCGGUACGCAUCGUACAGAAUCUGCUUGUGA